AUGAUCAGUUCGCCGCCGACGACUGCCAAUUUCCUCUCCCCGGGUNAAGAACUUGUCGGCUUUUACCUCCGCCGCAAAGUCCUCAACAAGGCCGUUGCCGCCCAACUCAUCAAACAAAUUGACAUUUACAAAUACAGUCCUUGGGACCUUCCCCAUGCGAGUAAUGGGCUGGGGGACAAAGAGUUGUACUUCUUCUGCAAAAGAGGAAGAAAAUACAAAAACAGUGUGAGGCCAAAUAGGGUGACAGGUUCUGGAUUCUGGAAGGCCACUGGAAUUGACAAGCCAAUUUACUCACACACCCAACAUUGCAUUAUUGGGCUUAAGAAGACUCUGGUUUAUUACAGAGGAAGCGCCGGCAGAGGCACUAAAACAGAGUGGAUGAUGAACGAAUUUCGCCUCCCUUCCAAAAUUUCCACCACAAAAAACAACCUUCAAGAAGCUGAAAUUUGGACUCUGUGUCGGAUAUUCAAACGAAAUGUGUCAUCCAAAAAAUUAGCCGUGGUUCCGGCGCCGGCCAAAGGCCGAGCCGUGGAGGACAUGAACUUCGGAGCGGCGGCAGCCAAUAUUGGGAUCGAUAGAUAUUCCGACGAUAACGAAGAGAGUAGCUACAUCAGUUUCGGGUCGAAUUCGUUUGUUGGUUUCGAUCACGUGAAGAGGGCUGAAAAUUCCGGUGGGGUUGAUCAGAUGCUGCAGCACGGUGGCCGAUUCGUCGCGGAAAUUCCGCCGUCGGCGGAGCCUAAUUGGUCGGUAAACGUGUCGCCGGCGUCGUCGAGCUUCUCGGAUUUUGACGAGGAUGCCACGGAUUUGUUUGGAUAUGAAAAAUGGGAAGAGCUGAAAUCAAUUUUGGAGUCUGAUCUUGAUUCGUGAAUUGAAUUGUCCUUUUGACUUUAAGUGCAAAUGUCAAUAUGCAAAUGGAAUCGGAAUUUUAGAGUUUAAAUCAUUAUUAUUUCUUUCUUUUUCUUUGUAAGAAUGAAUGAACGGAUCGAUAGUGAAUUUUAUUCUUCA